AUGGAACCCAGGCUUCCUCAAUAUACUUAAUUUUUUAUAGUGAUCAAUAAUCUAGUGAAUGAGAAGGUAAUUGAUAAAAAAUAAAAAACUGAAUUAGAAUAAAGUAUUUUAAGAAAGGAUAAGAACAUAAUGGAGAUUGUUAGCAAAUAUGGAAACAAAGAUAUGUAAGAUAACAACAGAGUAUGCAUUAUAGGGAAUAAUAAUUUUGCGAAAAAUUAGUUUAGUAUGCCAAUCAAAGAUAAAAGGACACUUAUGUGCCACAUAUUAAACAUUUAGAGAAAAACAAAAGUAACAAAUUUAGUGUGAGUGCUCGUCAAAUUUCGUUUUAGCAAGAAGAUCCAAUAGUAGAGAACAAAUAAGAAGUAUUACAUGUGUUAAAAUUAGUCAUUAUCUCCUUUCAUUUUGCAACUAAUUGAAUAACUCGACACCAUGCUUUCAAUACAUAUGACAAAUGGAGGACACUUUGUUCCUACCGAUGUCGAGAAGUUAACUCAAUUGAGGGAUUAGAUUAACAAAUAUUUGGGGAUUCAAUAUGAAUAAGAAUUAGAUAAUGAAUCACCAGUAAGAUGUAGAAAUAUUAGUGUUUGUGGUAGAGUUAUUUCAGAGCAAUAAGAUGAUAAAUCGGAUUAAGUUGAUACUAGUGUUCAGUUAAAAAGUAAAUAUCAUCUUCAAAUAAUCAGUUAAAUUAAAUAAACAUAUGUUCAAUUAAAAGUAUAUAUAAUUCAAUAAUUCUAGAGUCUAUUUUUGGGAAGUUUACAUACACAUUACCUCUUAAUGUAGGAAGAAUUAUCAUACAAUAAUUUAGUGAACGUCGUCAAGUCGAUUAUUAAAGAAUUGACUGAUUCUGAUGAAAUUUACUUUCUGAUUAAAAGAAAUGAUGAGUGGGAUUUCUAUUCGACAGAAAAGGAUUCGAUCAAAUAGAUUGAGAAAUAUAAGCAAUAAGUGUUUUUCUUAAACUUUUCGCAUCUCAAACCUAACAUUGUUUACAACUUUUAAAAUAAUGAAAAACAAACCAAGUAAUUAGAACUAGUAUUGGAUUUGAAUUCUUAGUUCACUGAACUUUCGAUUAUUAGAUUCAUCAAUCAGAAUAAACAAGAAACCUUUUUCUUCUUCUAUUGGAAUAAACCUGGUAGAAAUAAAUUGUUGAGAAGAUUUAUAAAGUACAAUAUUUGAUUUAAUAAAAGUGAAGCUAAUGAAUAUGGAUUCAAAGAUGAAGUCUUGUCUUUAACCAAUUUCUUGAUUGAUGUAAUCAUGUAAGCUAGAGUGCAAUACUUUAAUCCCGUCUAGUUUGCAGAUUAAAUUCUGGAUAUCGCCUUAAGUUUUGUGGAGUCAUCCCAAUAUAUCUUGAUUGAUGAAAUGUUCAGAGCUUUGGAUCCUCAUUUCAAAAUUAAGAAAGAUUAUGCUUUUUCUGAGGACGGAAGACAGAAGAUAGACAUGGAUAAUUCUGUGAGAAUCGAGAUGGAAUGCAGAAAUCCAAUUGCUUUGAUUUUGGAAGAGUUUUAUCUUAAUCGAGAGGAUCAUUAAUUUAUUUAUACAGGAAUAUUGAACUUGAAAUCCAAAUAUUAGAGACAUUUGAGAUUGUGUCAUGAGAAGACUGCAUAUUACAAAUACUUUUUGAGAUCCUCUGAUACAAUCCUAUUUGAUUUUGAUAAAAAUGGCAGACUGUUAUUCUUGAAUCAUUACAUUUGGGAGACUCUCAAAUAGAAAUACAACAUUUAAUUCUCCCCAGAUAAAAGGACUCCGAAUUACAAAGAGUUGUUUAUGGAUGAAAGAAUCCUCAGAUAUAUAGAUUUGGAUGAAUUUAUGAUGAAAAAGAAGAAUGAAUACAUCCAACAUGAGGACUUUGAAAUCUUCUUGAAGGUGGUUGAUCAAGUUUACAAGGGAUUUGUGAUUAUAUUUCAUCUCCAAGAGGGAUCCAGAAUGAAGGAUUACAUAAAGAAUUUGAAAAAUGAAGAGCAAUUGGAAGAUGAGAUCAAAUAAUCCAUUCAACGUUCCUACAAUAAACAUUAAACUUUCAAAUUCAUAUCACAAUUACAGAAAUCGAAUCCUAGUGUUAAAAACUCUUACAUUUCUUUGUUCAUUCCCGAGGAGUCAUCUUUGGAUAACUAAGACCAACAACAAUAGUCCAAUAAUUCAUUAUAGCCAAUUAAAACAAGAAAGCCCAGAUUGAGUAUCCAAAUGUUGGGUAAGCAAAUCAAGGCAUUCAAUUACUAACCAUCCAAAUAGCGUAUAAAAUCGAUAGAGUCAGCAUUGGAGAUUGAGGAGGAUGAUGAUUUGGACACAUUAUAUGAGGACAAAACAAUUGAUAAAUUUGAAUUUAAUAUUUUCUCUGUAAAUAUAUAGUGUUAUUGAGGAAUAGUAUUAGGAAAAUAUGAAGGCAAAGUUGGUGUAUCAUAUAAUUAAGAAAAAUGAUUGGAUUGACAAUUAUGAUAUGAGCGAGGAGGUUUUGAUGAAGUUUAUUAAGGAAGUUGAGCGAAAAUAUAAUAAGAGGAAGAACCCUUUUCAUAAUUUCGAUCACGGGAUAACUGUAAUGCAUAGUUGUCAUUUCUUGUGUUCUUUGCCAAGAGCACAUCAGUAUAUGAGUGAGAUUGUGCAUUUUGCAACUGUGAUUUCGGGGUUAUGUCAUGAUAUUUCUCAUACGGGAAGAACGAAUCAAUUUGAAAUCAAUAGCAAAAGCAAGUUGGCCACAAGAUACUUGGACAAGAGCGUAAUCUAUUCGAUUUAAUAGUUAGCCUUUGGAGAAUCAUCAUGCAGCAGUGACAUUGAGAUUGUUGAAUUAGGAUAAGUACAAUAUAUUGUCUGGGUUGAGUGUGGAGGAUUUGGCAAUAUUCAGAUAGACACUAAUUGAAAACAUUCUAUUCACGGAUAUUAAAUAACAUUUUGGAUUAAUAAAGGAUUUUGAGUAAAGAGUGAAGGAAAGUAAGGAGAAUCAGGAUAAAAUUUUUGGUAAGUUGGAUGGAGAUGUCAAAUUGUUCACGGGGAUGAUAGUUCACACUUCAGAUUUUAGUGGUGCUGCAAAAGUGUUUGAAUUGUCUAAGGCUUGGACUGAGAAAGUCAAUAUGGAGUUUAAAGCCUAGUUCGAUGAGGAGGGAACUCGUAACAUUACCUAGACUCCAUUUAUGAAGGACUUGGACAAAUAGGAAAUAAUGGCAAAAAAUGAAAUGGGAUUUUUCAAAGUUAUUGUUAGACCGUUGUGGGCUAGUUUAAAUGAGUUUUACGUAAUUUUAUGCAAAUUCAACAUUUAUAGGAUAAACAAUUGCAGGACAUUAUUGAUAAUGUGGAAAACACGAUAAUUAAGUGGGAGAAGAUUUAUCAUACAUACAAUGAACAAGAGAAAUAGGAUUGA